AUGAUGAGGGGCCCGUUGCUGCAAGCCACCUGGCUGAUCCUCCUUGCAAGCGCAGCCCUCAGCCACCUUGGAGCAAAUGCUGUAAGGCGUUUUGCUCAGCGCGAGCAGAGAGCCAUGGGAGCACCAGCUGCAGAGCCACACGCAAACUCCGAAGACUCGUCAAACGGAGGCGCCCCAGUUUACGCCUUGCCUGAGUUCUACCACUCGUAUGAUAGCAUGCAGAAGGAGCUCCGAGCUUUGGGGAAGUCCUGCGGCCUUUCUGUGCACCAAGCAACCCUCGAUGGCGUGACGGUUGACUAUUUUCACUUGAAGGAAAGCCCUAACCCAUCAGAGCGGCUCUUCCUGCUGCCCGGAGACCACCCAAGGGAGUUGGUAGCCCCCGAAGUCGUUUUUGCCUUUCUAAAGGCCUUAUGCAGCGGCCAAGAGGCCCCCGAAGGCUACAGUGCUGAGGCACUGAGGCAGAAGCUGCAUGUCAUGGCAGUACUUGCAGUCAGCGUUCCAGCGAGGCGCGCAGGGGCCUACUGCAUGCGAAGCAGCCCAAGGGGAGUAGAUUUUAAUAGGAAUUGGGGGCAGAGUGGCGACUCGGCAGCAGCAGCAGAGAAAGACCACUCAAAGUACCCGAGGGCCCCGCAACAACCCGAAGUACAAAUUCUGAUAUCCCUUUUGAGCCAGUUUCAACCUACUGUCUUCGUCUCUGUGCAUUCGGGGAGAUUCGGAGUCUACACGUCUAAUGAGGCCCCCUCAGGAGACGCAGAAAAGCCCCCCUCCACCCCUAGCGACGCUGCAGGGCCCCCGGGCCAUUUGCAGGAAGCUGCAGAGGGGGCCCCCACCACCGCUGGGGAGUCUCGGGAGCAGCAGAUAGCUGGAGUUGUCCAUGCUGCUGCUUGUUCUGGCAACAGUGUGCCCUGCGAGUUCGGGUCCAUUGACAAGUUUUUCGAGGCCACAGGAAACGAAAUAGAUUUUGUGAAGGCACACCUAACCACUGACGAAGGCGAGCCCCCCGUAGCCCUCGCUCUUGAGGUGUACAGACAGGGAAACUCCAGCAACGAAGACGCAAAGCUGAAGGAGGCCAAGGCUCAGUUGCUGUCCUUGCUGAGGGCCCCCGAAGACCUUCUGGAGCUGACCCUGCCUGCUGCAGCAGAUGUGGCAGACCUGCUGCCACAGGAAACUGGGGGGGAAGACGCCCUGUACACUGCAGAGGCCCUCAUCAAGUGGCAGCUAACGAGAGGCCCUCUGGACCGACUCAGCUGUUUCUUAUCUUUCAACCCUGCCACCCAGUCCGCCCUCAACUCCGUCGUGCGCCUCUGGGUGGAGGCCCUCUUUGCCCUCGCUGAGUCUCUCUGA